AUGGCAGCCUCUCUUCCGGCCUGGAAAGUCGCAGCGCGCCAGCGACGCCAACGACAGUUAUCUCUGAUACCACAGGAGUGGCGUCUGAAGACUAUUCCCUCCGCUGCGGAGGCCAAAUGCACCCUUCCCAUUGUCGAAUCUUGUGGUAUUCUGUCUCCCUUGGAACUUGAGAUCACUAGCCCAUCCAACUCGGCUCCCUAUAUCAUCAGCAAAAUCCACACUUCGGCUUGGAGUGCCUAUGAUGUCACCCUGGCAUUUUGCAAACGGGCUGCCGUGGUGCAACAGCUCACGUCAUGUCUGACGGAGAUUUUUUUCGACAAGGCCCUGGCACAAGCGAAGGUACUAGAUGAGAUCUUCCAGAAGACCGGCAAGCCCGUCGGUCCCUUGCACGGUCUUCCGAUCAGUCUGAAGGAUAGCCAAGCUGUUCAAGGCGUCGACGCAACGAAUGGUUGGUUGGCACGCGUGGGUAACCCUGCGGCAAAGGAUCACCCCUCGGUGGCCGCUUACCGCAAACUCGGAGCGGUGUUGUAUGUCAAGACGAACAUUCCUCAAAGCACCAUGAUGAGCGACAGCUACAACCAUCUCUUCGGCCAAUCAGUGAACUCGCUCAACCGACACUUGAUCUCAGGUGGCAGUUCGGGCGGCGAGGGAGCUCUUAUUGGCAGCGGCGGAAGUGUGCUUGGCAUCGGGACCGAUGUUGGCGGCAGCAUCAGGGUUCCCGCGACCUUGCAGGGCCUCUACGGCUUGUGUCCGACCAUCGGGCGAAUUGGCAAUCGCGAAAGUGCCAGGUGGCAAGCCAACAUCAUCCCCCCGGUGGCUGGCCCAAUGGCCAGAGAUCUGGACAGCAUCGAGUACUUUUUGAAAAGCUAUUUAUCCUCCCAGCCAUGGAAGAGCGACCCUGUCGUCGUGCCUAUCCCGUGGAGGGAAAACUUGGUCGACGAAAUUACAUCAGGAUCGGAGAAAUUGAAAAUCGGCUACAUCGUUGACGACGGAGCCGUUCUCCCCCAACCUCCUGUGCAGAGAGCAGUACUUGAGACAAUAGAAAAGCUCAAGGCAGGGGGCCAUCAAGUGGUGCCGUGGGAUGCUUCAAGCCACGCCAAGGGAAGUGAUAUGUGGGUAAAAGCCAUCCUGUCCGAGGGCGGACGAGACGCGGCGGAGAUGAGCAAACUGGGUAAUGGAGAGCCACUCAUACCGGGUAUGCUGACGGGCACUGCCGAGACUUACCUGGAUGCCGACCAGAGACAGAGCCUGGGUGACGAGAUUUUUGAAUAUCAGGACGAGUACCUGGCCAGAUGGGAGGCGAGCAAUCUCGACGCUCUUAUCAUGCCGGUUACCCAGUGGGUGGGCCUGCGCCCCAAGGCAUGGGUUCAGGCCGAUAUGUACAUCGGCUACACCGCGAUUUUCAAUCUUCUGAACUGGACUGCCUUCACAGUUCCCGCCACCACCGUUUCGAAAGACAAAGACCGACCAAGCCAGGAAUGGAAAGACCAUAAGCCCCGGAGUUUCUCUGACCGUUUUAAUCACGACUACUACGAUGUUGAUCUCUUUGACGGUAUGCCCGUUGGAGUUCAGAUUGUGACAGGUAGAUUUGGCGAGGAGAAGGCUAUCGGGGUCGCUAAAGUCCUUCGGUCGUUGUGA